AUGACGACUGCGACGUGGUCGUGGACGACUCUGAAGCGACUGCAGUCCACCGACUUGAACGCCGAGAAGUUUUGGAGCGCUGCGACCGUGUGGAACGCAAAACCACACCUUUUGAUCAAGCACUUGAUGGGCUCCGAACGGCUCGUGUCUGAAUCGUUGGCCGGCGAGUACGGUGACGUGUUGGCCUCAGUGGCAGCUACAGAUCUACCGGCSGACGCCUGGGUAGGUGACCCCACGGAAACCUUUCGGCGGCUGGGCAUGACUGGUGGUGAGGAUAUCCAAGCGGAAGUCUGGAAGCUGUUCACCAAGAAGCCCGUCGACUGGAACGAUUAUUUUCGGCUCAGCGUCUUCGACAGGCCGAAUAAUACCGCUGUGUUCUACGACUGUACGCCAAAGAAGAACGGCGACCAUAUCAAAUAUGCCUAUGGCGUUAAUAUUGUGGAUGACUGGUUGGAAYUACAGCUCGCCAUGCCAUCAAAUCAAACUAUGGACGACAAGAAGACACUGCACUGGAUGACUGAUGUUUUUUUUCCAAAAUUUUUCAACUGGGCCAUCAAUGAUAAAGGGUCUAAGCCCACAAUUUCGUCAUUGUCACACGUUUGUGUUCAAAUGUACUGUCAUUURUAUAGUCGGUUGAAGGAAAAAUAUGCCAAGUCCCUAAUGAAUGUUUGGACWGAAGUAACUGAUCCUAAGAAGUAUAUACAUAAAGAUAUUGCAACAGCAACAUACCUGAUGCUGUUGUGGGGYGACACCAAACCAAGUUUUGUUGAUAUGGGAUGUGGUAACGGUUUACUUGUGCAUGUGUUAAACAGCGAAGGAUAUAACGGAGUCGGAUUGGACGUUAGAUCUCGAAAAAUGUGGGCUCAAUAUCCACAAUCUACAGUUUUGAAGGUGACAAGYGUUGAUCCUUCUUCGCCUGAUUGUAAAUUUCCACAAGCUGAUUGGAUCAUAGGCAAUCAUUCAGAUGAACUGUCACCCUGGGUACCAGUAAUCGCCAUGCGUAGCAAUUACAAUUGUAAAUUUUUUCUCCUYCCAUGUUGUCCUUUUGAAUUUAAUGGUUCUCGCUACCAACGAGUAGAUUCAUCUCUUAGUCAAUAUCAUGAUUAUCUGAAAUACUUGGAAAAAACUAGUUCUAAUGUAUUAAAGUUCAACAUUAAAACAGACCGUCUAAGAAUACCUUCAACUAAACGGACAUGCAUUAUUGGUUGGUCAAAAAAUUAUUUGCCACAGGAAUUUGAUCAAGUUGUACAGGAUGUCGAAAAGUUUGUAAAUUCUAAAUUCAAUGAAAAUGUUCAAUUUGUGCCCAGRCCGUCUGAAGAGAGGGUUAGAAAUUGCACCAAAUUAGAUAAAGACUUGUUGCGUAGUGUGGUCGAUACUGUAGCUGAUGUAUUGAUAAAAAGUUCAGGUGGAUGGAAGUGCCGCGUCACUCUAGGGGAAUUAGCAAAACAAAUUGGCGAAGAGAGGCUGAAAAAGUUAAAGAAAGAAUGUGGUGGUUUACAAACAUUGUUAAAAAAUCACAGGUAUAUUUUUAUGGUUGAGAAAGGAAGUGUUGGAUUUAGAAAACCAGUAAAAGACUGUGGCAAAGUUUGGAAGAAACAUAAGUGUUGGUUUUAUCAUAACUACCCAGAUAAGUGUCCGUUAAAUGAAGAUGAGUGCUGUAAUAUACAUUAAUCAACAAAUAAUUGUUAUGUUAUAUUAUAAGUUUAUUAUUACAAGUUUUUGUUUGAGUCAAGUUUAAACUUCGACACAAAAUUAACUACCUAUAUUUUUUUUGAAUGUAGGAUGUAGGAACUUAACCUCGUUUAUAUCUAUUUUGUUGUCCUCUUACAAUUACUUAUUAACUAAAAUGGAAUAAAAUUUAUAAUGAAAAUAUUCAACRCUUAAAUYAGAUARUUAAA